GCGCUGAAGAAGCUGAAGCUAGACUAAAGGUCCAGAAGUUAGUAGACCCCAUAGUCAGUAUCCUCGCAGACAACCGCACGAUGUGAGUUGAGGACUACGUAGAGGGAGUCCAGGCGUACUUUCGCCUAGAGAAGAAUGGAAAAGUGGAGAAGAUCCUCCAUUCUUUGACUCUCCUCGUGCAGGAUGAUCGUCCUUUCGACAUAGUGUUAGGAAUGGAUUGGGGAGAGGCAGCAGGGGCCACACUUCAUUUGAGAGAGCAGGAGUGUAGGCUCCCUAGUCCGCCAGGCGAGGUUAAGACUGCCCGCUUAUUCCAUAUGUCUGAUGUAGAUAACACCUUGGCACAUUGCUGUCUCAGUUCUCCCGCGUUCGCGCGAUUAGUAAAGAAGGAGCAGUUAGAAGACCAGGUCUUUGUAGUAUAUGUCAGACCUGUCACUGAGGCCCAGGAAAAGGAUAGUUCCACAGAUCCAACAAUUGCCAAGCUGCUGAAAGAAUUCAAAGACUUGACUGAGUCGCCGACAGGAGUAGUGUCGCGACCCAUCCAGCACAGGAUAGAGAUAGAGCCUGGCAGUAGAACUCCUAAGGGUGCUGUAUAUAGGAUGUCCCCGCGGGAGUUGGAAGAGCUACGGAAGCAAUUGGACGAGCUUCUCGAAAAGGGUUGGAUUAGGCCCAGUUCGUCUCCUUUUGGAGCACCCGUUUUGUUUGUCCCCAAGAAGGAGGGAGAGCUGAAAAUGUGUAUGGACUAUAGGGGUUUGAAUGCGAUCACAGUGAAGAAUGUUGAGCCUCUGCCCAGGAUAGACGAUCUUUUAGAUCGGGUGCAGGGUUGUAAGUAUUUCUCCAAAAUAGACUUGAAGUCCGGAUACCAUCAGAUAGAAGUCCAUCCUGACGAUCAGUACAAGACUGCGUUCCGGACUAGAUACGGACACUAUGAGUUCAUAGUGUUUGGACUAACCAACGCGCCAACUACUUUUCAGCGUUGUAUGAAUGACCUGUUUAGACCGUGGUUAGAUAAAUUUGUAGUAGUCUACUUAGAUGAUAUCCUAGUCUUUAGUAAGACCCUCCAGGAGCACCAGGGUCAUCUGAGGCAGGUCUUGGAGAAGCGUAGAGAGGCCAACUUCAAGAUCAACGCGAAGAAGUGCGAGUGGGCCCAGACGCAAGUCUUGUACUCGGGCCACGUGUUGGACGGAGAUGGCAUUAAGCCAGAGGACAACAAGAUAGCGGUGAUUAGAGAUUGGCCGACGCCCCACACGUUGACAGAGUUGCGGUCGUUCCUAGGCUUAGCUAACUACUACAGGAAGUUCGUGAGGAACUUCUCCACUAUCGCCGCUCCCUUGCGCAGGUUGUUGAAGAAARAGACAAUMUGGCAAUGRGAUAAAGACUGUACGKCUGSRYUCAARAAGUUAAAGCGCGCGUUAAUAGAGUAUCCUGUCCUCAAGGUUGCAGAUCCGUCCUUGCCAUUUGUCGUCACCACGGACGCGAGUCAGUAUGGGAUAGGUGCCGUGUUGCAACAAGAUGACGACAAUGGCUAUAGACCCGUAGAGUUCAUGUCCGCGAGGAUGCCUUUUCUCUGGUGGAAGAUAUGGACGAUCGGCUCGCAGAACGAGGAAGCUUCGUACAGCCCUGUCGGCUUCGAUCAACGGCUGAUGACGUCAUCAGAGGACAGCUCGCGUAACAUCAGUGGCGAAGUUCUCGGAGGGUCGAUCUAUAAUCCGGCUUUGUACGCAUCUGUGUUCCGUCACAACUUUCAGCCAUAUUAUCAUCCUCCUGUGAGCACUGUUUGUGAAAACCAGGUUGGAGAGGAUGAUAUCGAUAUCCUAGAGGGCAAGCAAAGGGCAUCCGAUGCAGAGGAAGUUGAUGAAGGCAAUGCUGCUGCUUCAAAAGCCUGGUAAUUUAGGAACUUUGUCGGUGGAAUUCGAGCACAACGUCGAAGAAGCAGAGGGCAUUCAUUAGCUGCCUCAGGCUCAUCUUCUUGACGAUGGGACAGGGUUCAACAGGUCCGAUGAAGGAUUUCGCAUGGUUCAGAAGCUGUUCCAGUGGAAGGGAAAACUCACUGUCAGAAAUUUUUGAAGACGUUUAAGCAUGGCUCGCGUGGGCGACUUCAGGUAUGAACCCUGGCCACGGCGGACAGUUGUACUCAUCGGAUGCAGCAGCUCAGCUUUGGCAGCAUGGUUGAGAAGCUGUUCCAGUGGAAGGGAAGACAGACUGGUACACAGAUGUGUGUGGAGAACACUCAUUUUCGGACGUUGAAGACGUUUCAGCAUGGCUGGCUCGCGCGGCCGACUUCAGGUAUGAACCCUUGCCAAGGCGGACAGUUGUACUCAUCGGAUGCAGCAGCUCAGCUUUGGCAGCAUUAGCGCGAAGGUAUCCCACUGAUGGUUAUGACAAAAUUUGGCUCGAUGAACCCAGACGGAGAGAGCGGGGGGGGGGAGCUGGGCUCUCUUGGAGUCUUUGAAACGGUGUCGACGGCUCUUUCCGACGGCUUUGCGUGGUGAGAGUGGCAACAUCUGCAGGUGCGCCACAGGGCAGAUUUUGAAGCGACUGAUCUGGAUCAGCCAAGCAGGGCUCAAGAUUGUAAUGAUGGAGCAAGAGUGCAUUCUUGUCGCCUGAGCUUCAAAGCAUGUUGGAAUCGCGUCCCGUCCGAGAGGAGAGCGGAUCUCCACCGUCAAUUGCUGGGGGCUACUUUUCUGCAGAAGGCGGCAUCGUAAGGAAUCAAGCGUGGCCAGGGUGCACUUGCUCUCAACCAGGAAUGGGAAAACAAUUGUCAAAGAGGACUUAGAGGAUAAGAGAAGUGCUCACGACUGAUCGCGGUGCUGAACAAGUGCAUUGUGAUGGCAGAUGACAGCGCACCAAUGCGAGCACACGUGAAAGGAACGGCAGCGGACUUGGCGGUGAGUAAUUCUAGAAAGUGGAAGUCUCGGAGAAUGUUGUUGUUGCUUCGAGGGUCCUGGUUCUUCACACACCGUUUCCUAUCGCUUUGUGCGUUUUCAUGCCUCUACCUCCUCCCCUCUCUUCCUUGUUUUUGCCGGUUGUUUCGUCUCUUGACAAUUAACAAAUAUUAAUCAUUUAC